AUGGACUCUAGUGAUACCGAUUUUCGGUAUAUGGCCACAAAUGAUUUGAUGAACGAACUUCAGAAGGAUGGAUUCACAUUGGAAGAACAGACUGAGAAAAAGGUGGUUCAAAAAGUAAUAAAACUGAUGGAUGAUGCAAAUGGUGAAGUGCAGAAUUUAGCAGUAAAAUGUCUUGCUCCGUUGGUUAAAAAAGUACGAGAAGCACAAUUGCAAGAAAUAGUGGAUCAAUUAUGUUUGUAUUCGACGCAACAAGGAAAAGAAGAAUUGCGUGAUAUUGCAGGAAUUGGGUUGAAAACUAUUAUUGUUGAAAUUCCAAGUAAUUCGCCAAGUGCAAACAAUGUACUACAAAGAUUGAUUCCAAGGUUGCUUUUACAAUUGGAAAAUCCAAAGGCAUCAUUCGAGGUUCAAAUGGAUACAUUGGAUAUCUUGAGUGAAUUAUUGGCUAGAUUUGGUACCAUUGUUGCAA